AUGAGCUCGCAACCAGCCAUCGCCCUGGUUCAUCCUCCGCCGCAGGCUGGCGUGAUUCCUUUGAACCUUAUGGCGGCAUUGAUGCACGCGAACCAAGAUCCUGUCGUUGUCACCUAUUCCGUCUCCGGCACCACCGCUGCGACCGCCAGCCCGCAUUCCACUCAUUUCCUGCCUCCGCCCAGUAAACACGAACCGAAUCUGAGUUCAAUCGCCAGUGACGGUCUGCGCAUUUCACGAUCCCCAUCGACCCAAAUGGCUAGUCCAGUGGCGACCACGGCGGAUCGGCCGGCCGAGUCGGAGAGGGAGGCUCAACAGAAUACAUCUCAAGUGGCUCGUGAGGCACUCGGCGCAAGCGAGAAAUCGCCCGGUCCAUCUUCUCAUGAGCCCCAACUGCAUGCCUCACCGGAACAAAUGCAGGUCGACGCAAAACCAAAUGAAGCCCCCUCAGAUCCCUACGCGUCGGCUGAUCACGGCCAGAGCUCUUUGAUGCAUACCUCCACUGUCGCGAGUCCCGGUCCGAUUGAAGAGGCUUUGCAGGCAGAUCGGCCUCGACCGCGAGAUGAGGAGAUAGGUCAGGACAGUAGCAAGUCCUUUUCGUAUCCCAUCCCGGGGGCGAUCAAUGACGCGCGACGGGGACUGAGCUUACCCAACGCGGGCUACAACCGAACCAGCCCUCGCUCACCUUCGGCGAAGAAACAUCGCUGCCCUUACUGCGCGACCGAAUUUACUCGGCAGCAUAACCUGAAAAGCCAUUUGCUCACCCAUAGCCAGGAAAAGCCCUUCGUUUGUCAGACCUGCCAAUCGCGAUUCCGCCGAUUACAUGAUUUGAAACGACACUCCAAACUUCAUACGGGAGAACGCCCUCACACCUGCCCCAAAUGCGGCCGACGAUUUGCCCGAGGUGAUGCGCUCGCUCGACAUAACAAGGGUCAGGGGGGAUGUGCAGGUCGGCGCGCCAGCAUGGGAAGCUUCCACCCAGAUGAUGAUUACGUGGACGGACAGCAUCCCGAAGAAGGGAUGGAAGGAGUUGUCUACAUGGAACCUGAGCGGAUGGAUGAGGAAGAAGAGCGACGGCUCAACUUACCCAGCAUUCGCCGUCACGAAAACGACUCAAUGUCUCGAUCCACGGACUCUCUUCACAUGCCUCGUCAACCGAGCACUUAUCCGCCCAUUGCCGCCUACCUUGCGAAUCUACCUCCGGGCACACAAGGUAGUUCGGGAGCGUCUCCGGGAGCCGUGACGUCGCAGGCCCCGAACCAUACAUUCCCACCUGCCGGACAUCCAUCCGGAGCCGCGAUGUUCCCACCAUCAACGGCGAGCGAUAGUCCGCGACCUCUGUCUCCGAAUGCGUUGUCGCAACAUGAUCCCAACGUAUCUGUGCACGCAGCUCACUCGCCGGGGUUGGGGCAGCCCUUGCCGCAUCCUCCACCAUUCUCUAGACCAGGCCAGACCUCAACGUCCACUCAUGCUCCGCCUCCUCACAACCUUCCACAACCUAGUGUGCACUUGCCGCCACCUGUGUUGAGUUCUCCGCAAGCCCGAUUUGAUUCUCAAAGCGCUUCCAAACAUGCCACCUCCUCGCAUAGCCACUCCGGUAGCUAUGGGUUCACGGCUCCAAAGGUCGGGCUCGAUGGGACAGAUCAUACGAGCGGUGAGAUUGAGAAAUUAUGGAGUUACAUUCAUGACAUGCGCAAAGAAAUCACUGGUCUCCACGCCGAAGUCGCUGCUCUUCGCGCGCACAUUGCAUCCACCAACGCCACGGCAGCUCCUCCACCGCCAGUCGAAAAUAACCCAGCAAACUCCGGUCCUCGGCAGUCAGCUUGA